GUGGCAGAGCUUGCCAUAAUGGCUCAGGCACCCUACCGGCCUGGGCCGCUGUGCCCCAAGGCCUCACUUGUCAUGUCCCGGCUAUGCCUCUGGACAUGGUACUUCCUCGCGUUGCAACCAUUGUGGUUGCUCAUCCAAGGGGGUCAGUCUUCAGACUGGGCCCAAGUCCCAGACCAGGUGAUGUCCGUCUCCCAGGGGCCGACUGAGUCCUGGUCUUUUCACCCCUCCCAUCAUCCACCCAAAUCACCCUAUAUUUUGAAACCCCCGGCAGACCCUGGGGGAAUUGACUACUUGAAGCCUUCUGCACCUUCUCUAAUGUCGGCCCCGCCAGGACUACCUCAGGAGUUAGGUGAAACUUUAGCUCCAAUCAUGGACACGGAUUCACCCCAAGAGCUGCCCCCAGGGCCAGAUCGGUUUGCUGUUCCACAUCAGGAAGUUCGUGACAAGUUCACCCGGCACGAAAGACUUCCAGAAGUGGUUCCAAUAAUAGACUGGGGUCAGAACCAACAUCAGGAUGCAGAUCACCAGUGGUUGAAAAUACCUGUUCCGUCUCUGGAUAGUCAGAGUACAAAAACAGCAAAGUUUGUUUCAUCCUCGAAUCUGAAAAAAUAUUUCACUCAGUAUCGUCGUUUUGCCAAGGUUAUGGCUGGAUCUCCAGACCAAUUUGUAUCCGUACCUCAGCAUCGACGACCUACCUUGUUACAGGUGGACUCAUUUGAGCCUCCAGAGUCACCCGAGCAAGUUGAAACUUCACAAUUCCAUCUAGAAACCAAGACUCAAAAUUCUGAGGAGGAGCAGAUCUCUUCACCCCAGAAAGAGGCACCAGCUCCAUCUCCACAGCCCCUUCUUAUGAUAUCUAGAGAGGCAGGUAAGAGGGUUGAAUCUACUCCAAACCAGGAGCAGGCCCCAGCUCAGCCUGCAGAGGACCCCGAGGGUGUGGAAGCUGCAAUCCAACAGGAGGCACCAGCUCAGUUUCCAGACAUUCCUCUGGAGGCUGAACCUCUCUCUGUGCAAGAGCAGCUGGCUGAGGCUCCUGAAGAGGCUGAAACUUCAGUCCUGCAGCAGGCCUCAUCUCAGUCUCCACAGAAUAAUAAACCCACAGUUAUACCACCAGGUCACAGUCAAGAUCAUCAUUCAGUCUUGACAAAUGUCCUUAAACCUGCGGAUCUAGAGCUUACCGUAAUACAGCCUGCUGGUGUGGUGGGAACUUCUCCAAUCCACCAUGAGGAUGCAUCUCAGCCCUUAGUGCCAGCUAAUAAUGGGGAACUUUUUGGAACCCAGCAUGAGGUCCCAACUCUGGCCCCAGAACCUCUUGAGACACUUGAACCUUUUCCAGUUGCACAGGAAGUUGUCACUCAAUCUCCAGAACCUGCUAGGGAUGAAAAACCAUAUCCAGCCCAGCAAGAGGCCACAGCUCAGCAAUCACAGGCUCCAGAGGAGAUUGAAGCUUCUUUAAUUGAAACUUCACUACUGGAGCAGGAAGCCCCAAUCCAGCUUUCACAAACCACUGAGGUCGAGUCCUUCUUAAGUCAUCAGGAGGCCCCAGUUCAGCCUCCAGCAUUUCCUAUGGAAUAUACCGAUUAUCCUUUGCUGAGUGAUGAGAUAACAAUUUUACCUCUACCUCCGCGUACAACUCAGGAUCCCAUGGUGCCUAACACCAAUGUGGCACUGGGGCUGGUAACUCCAGAACCCACUACGGAGGUUGAAUAUUCUCCAGUCCAGCAGGAAGACAUUAUUCAGCCUCUAAUUGCCACUGGGCACAUUGGAUUUCCUCCAAUCCAGUCUAAUCCUCUUUCCCAGCCUCCAGAAACCCAUAUAAAGUUUGAAUCAUUUCUGGCCCAUCAUGAGGCCAUAGCUCAGACUCCAGAUACCUUUAAGAAGGUAGAACCUUCUCCAGAGCAGUUGGCAGAGCCUUCUUUGGCCUUUCAAGAGGCCCCUCCUCAGCUUCUAAAGCCCCCUCAUGAGGCAAAAUCCUCUUCAUUGAAGCAGACAUCCCCUGUUCAGUCUCCAGAGUCACUUAUGAUGGUAGAACCUUCUCUGGAUCAGCAGAGGGCAGCAUCUCUACAACCACAGCUCCUGGAGGUGAUGGAACCACGUCCAACCCAGCAAGAGGUCACAGCUUCUCCUCCACAGCCACUUAAUAGGGUGGAAUCUGCUCUAGUCAAGCAAACGGCCCCAACUCAACUUUCAGAGCCACGUAAGGUGGUUGCAGCUGAAAGUUCAGCAUCUUAUGAGAUGACAGUUCCAACAUCAGGUCAUCAAACUCAAUCUCCAACACUGCCCAGUGUUGGAUUUCAGCCUUUGGAUCUGAUGCUUACUAUAACUCAAGAACCCACUGUAAGGGUUGAACAUUCUACAACCUUGAAGACUACAACUCGACAUCCAAACCUGGUUCAGACUCAGUAUCCAAACCUGAAUGAAAUCACAGUUCAACCUGCGGAUGUGGAAAUUACAAUAACUUCACAACCUACUGAAGAGUAUGAUCUUCCUCCAACCAUGCAGGAGACC